AUGCCGAUUGUCGACGGCGAACCAUCACCGGACGUGGUAGAGGGUAUAAGGCUGGCAAUGGAGGCGUUGUUCGGAGAAAGUUUUGUUUCUGGUGGCGAGGAAGAGGAUACGGCGAUGCAAAGCGACGGCGGAUCAGAUGUCGUCGGAGAACCAACCGUGGACGAAGGCGGCGCUUGUGACAAUUCUGACGAAGGUGACGAUUUCCAUGUCCAUGUUGAGUGUGUGGAUUGGAUUGGUACUGUUACUGGUUCUAUUAGUACUUGUAUUACGUGGGUGCAUGAUGGUGGCGUGGUUUCCUAUCAGUUGCUAUGGUAG